GGGGCCCAGACCAAGGGAGGGAGCCCAGCGGCCCCGCCAGCCCCAGGAGCGGCGCCGCGAAGAGCAGCUUCUUAGUCCCCGGAGCGGCGAGCGCCUGUUCCCAGCCUCCGGCAGCCGCGGCGCGCGCGGCCUCUAGUCCUCGGCGGGGCGCGCACUUGGCCCCGCGCUGGGGUUGGUGUUGACUGCGGCGGCGGCGGCGGCGACAGCGCAGCGCGCAGGCGCGGCCGAAUUCCCGGCAGUGACGCGGCGUCGGGCGCGCGCGGCGCAUUUCCGCCUCUGGCGAAUGGCUUCGCUCUAGCGCGCGCUGCGGGCCCAGCUGCGACCCCGGCCCCGCCCCCGGGACCCCGGCCAUGGACGACCUGUUUCCCCUCAUCUUCCCGUCUGAGCCUGCGCAGGCCUCUGGCCCCUAUGUGGAGAUCAUCGAGCAGCCCAAGCAGCGGGGAAUGCGCUUCCGCUACAAGUGCGAGGGCCGCUCAGCGGGCAGUAUCCCAGGCGAGAGGAGCACGGAUACCACCAAGACCCAUCCCACCAUCAAGAUCAAUGGCUACACGGGGCCGGGGACAGUUCGCAUCUCUCUGGUCACCAAAGACCCCCCUCACCGGCCUCACCCCCAUGAGCUUGUGGGGAAAGACUGCCGGGAUGGCUUCUAUGAGGCUGAGCUCUGCCCAGACCGCUGCAUCCACAGCUUCCAGAACCUGGGGAUCCAGUGUGUAAAGAAGCGGGACCUGGAGCAGGCCAUCAGUCAACGCAUCCAGACCAAUAACAAUCCCUUCCAAGUUCCCAUAGAAGAACAGCGUGGGGACUAUGACCUGAACGCAGUGCGGCUCUGCUUCCAGGUGACAGUGCGGGACCCGGCAGGCAGGCCCCUCCGCUUGUCACCCGUCCUCUCUCAUCCCAUUUUUGACAACCGCGCCCCCAACACUGCUGAGCUCAAGAUCUGCCGGGUGAACCGGAACUCCGGGAGCUGCCUCGGCGGGGAUGAGAUCUUCCUGCUGUGUGACAAGGUGCAGAAAGAGGACAUUGAAGUGUAUUUCACGGGACCAGGCUGGGAGGCCCGAGGCUCCUUUUCACAAGCUGACGUCCACCGACAAGUGGCCAUUGUGUUCCGGACACCUCCCUACGCGGACCCCAGCCUGCAGGCCCCCGUGCGUGUCUCCAUGCAGCUGCGGCGGCCUUCAGAUCGGGAGCUCAGUGAGCCCAUGGAGUUCCAGUACUUGCCAGACACAGAUGAUCGUCACCGGAUUGAGGAGAAGCGCAAAAGGACAUACGAGACCUUCAAGAGCAUCAUGAAGAAAAGUCCCUUCAAUGGACCCACUGACCCCAGGCCUCCGCCCCGGCGCAUUGCGGUGCCUUCCCGAAGCACAACUUCCGUCCCCAAGCCAGCUCCCCAGCCCUAUCCCUUUACGCCAUCCCUCAGCACCAUCAACUUCGAGGAGUUCUCCCCCAUGGUCUUUCCUUCGGGGCAGAUUCCAAACCAGACCCCUGCCUUGGCACCGGCCCCUGCCCCCAUCCUGGCCCCGGUCCCAGCCCCGGCCCCAGCCCCGGCCCCAAUCUUAGCCCCCCCGGGCCUCGCUCAGCCUGUGGCCCCCCCCGCCCCCAAGACCGCCCAGGCCGGGGAAGGGACACUCUCGGAGGCCCUGCUGCAGCUGCAGUUUGACGCUGACGAAGACCUGGGGGCCCUGCUGGGCAGCAGCGCUGACCCCGCCGUGUUCACAGACCUGGCAUGCGUCGACAACUCGGAGUUUCAGCAGCUGCUGAACCAAGGUGUAUCUGCGGCCCCACACACAGCCGAGCCCAUGCUGAUGGAGUACCCUGAGGCAAUAACUCGCCUGGUGACAGGGUCCCAGAGGCCCCCCGACCCAGCUCCUGCUCCCCUGGGGGCCUCUGGGCUCCCCAACGGCCUCCUCUCAGGGGAUGAAGACUUCUCCUCCAUCGCAGACAUGGACUUCUCAGCCCUCCUGAGUCAGAUCAGCUCCUAAGUGGGUGACACUUACCCCCGCCUGGGGCACAGGGUGCAGGAGAUCGAAGCCCUCCCAAAGCAAGCACUUACGGAUUCUGGGGGAUGUGCUCCAGCUGCCCCCAACUUCUUUGGGUAAUGUCUUCCAGGGGUGGGGGGAGCGCAUUUUAUUCUUUUAUUGGCAGUGUCUAUCUCUCUCUCUUUUUGGAGGUGCUUAAGCAGAAGCAUUAACUUCUCUGGAAAGGGGGGAGCAGGAGGAAUCAAACUCUUCCCCAACCCUGAUGUUCAGCUCCCUUCUCCUUAUAGGGAAUUCUGGGGUCGCCCACCCCAACCCUCCAGCUUCUAAUACUCUCCUAGAGAGAGGGACAGGCUGGAGCUAUGGCCUUUGAGGCCAAAAAGCCUUAUCACCAAGUGUCUUUUUCCAAUCAUGGAUUGAUUCCCACCUUGUGCCAAAAUAAUGCCCUUUACCAGCCCCUCUGUGGUGUUGGCAUUGUCCUUGAACUAACACCAGCGUUUGAGGGCCUGGCCUUCUGGCCCUGCAGAGGUCUCUGCCAGCUCUUCCCUUGCUCAACUGUGGCUGGAGGGAACUGGUGGGACAACACUGGCCCUUUCCAGGAUCCAGGGAGGUUCAGUCUGAGACUUCUCUGUUUCCCCCUUUCUCAAGUGCCUUAAUAGUAGGGCUAGUUGUUUGGAGAGUAGGGGUGAGGGCAGACUGGCAGCUCUCCAAUCAAGAGGCUCAGUUUUUACUGAAGAAUCAAAGCAGUUGGACUCUUGCUCUUUCUACUCUGAACUAAUAAAUUCAUUGCCAAGCUGG